CGCGCGCCCCCAGCUGUGGUGGGCGCCCUGGCGCGAGCGGCGGGCCGCGCGGCUGGCGAGCUCCUCCUGAGGGCAGCAGGCUGCUCCGCCGCCGCACGUGCGCCGCGGGCAUGGCCGCCUCAAUUAUGGGCCGGGAGCUCGGCGGGAUCUCGGGCCAGGCAAAAAUAGAUCUUUUAUUAGUUGGAGAUGUCACUGUUUGCUACCUGGCUGAUGAUAUACAGAAAUUCUUUCCAAAUUCAGCAGAAGUUACCAUCACCAUUAGCGAUAUGAAGAAGGCAGCUACCCUUUUGGAUGACUGCACAUUUGACAUGGUUUUCUUGAAGAUAACUUCAUUCCUAACUGCUGAAGAGCUAGAAGCUGUCAAGUCAAUUAGAUUUGGCAAGAAGAAAAAUACAGACUUGCUGUUUAUUUUUGUAAUCCCUGAAAAUUUUAAAGGUUGUAUUUCAGGGCAUGGAUGUGAUGUUACUGUAACUGAACCAUUGACAAGGGAAAAACUGAGUAUUGUGGUAAAAUACUGGAAAAUGUAUUUCUCAAAUACUGGAAAGAAAGAAAAUGCUACAAGAUCUGAAGAACAUGGAUCAACCCUACUGAAUUCCUGUAGUGAACACCUGGGAUAUAUUUCUACUGAUCUAUUCACUUGCUCUGAAACUCUAAGAAAUGACAUUGGUCUUGAAUUUAAAAUUCCAUCAUCAGAACUUGAGAAAGGCAAACAGAUUCCUUUCCUUCAUUCAAGCAAAGAAAAGCUGAGAAGAGAACGCAUCAAGUAUUGCUGUGAGCAGCUGCGCAUUCUCUUGCCAUAUAACAAGGGGAGGAAGAAUGACUCGGCUUCAAUUCUAGAGGCAACAGUUGACUAUGUGAAGUAUGUCCGGGAGAAAAUCCCUCCAGCUGCCAUGAGCCAGAUUACAGAAGUCCUUCAGAAUAACAGGAGAUUUUGUAAGAAACAAAUGCCCAUCCAGCUAUCCCUGCCAUGCACAGUCAAGACGGAAAGGGAGAACAGUGUAUUGGCAAGCACUUACACACCUGUGAGAGGGCUCCAGUUCCUGGCCAAUAAGCGCUUGAAUGUGUUUUCUCUUCCCGCCACGGGGAGCACCUUGGAUGAAGCUGUGAGAGGUCAGUCAAGCUCCACUUCAGAGAGUGCUAUUGGUGAUCUGUAUAAAACUCGAAUUCCCAGUGCAGCCCUCUCUCUUAAUUCCUUCCAUGCUGUCCGAUAUUAUUCUAAAAUCGUCCCUUCCUAUGAUGAAGCUGCUGUAACAAAUCAGAACAUUCCAAUUCAUUUACCAUCAGCUGUACCCAAAGUAUCAAAGUUUCUUCCCCAGCACAGCAAUUUGGUGUUGAGCCAGACAUGCACAACACAUCCCAACUGUCUGCAACAGUAUUGGGCAUAUUAACAGGUCAUGUUUGAAAUUCAGUGUAUAGACUCCCUGCUGGGUGUGGUUUGCCAAUACAGGAAGAGUGGAACAAAGGAUGGUUUUGAAAGCUGCACCCUGAGACCUAGUAUCAAAAGAGCUGGCAUUGUCUGGCUUCUGAUAAAUGUGCUAAAAGAUUCUUCAGAUAGACACAAAGACCGGCAGGGAAAAUGCUAGCAACAUAGAGUACUUCCACUCAUCUUCAUACAUGCUUAGAUCUCCUCCAACCAGAGAGCUACAAGAACCAAUGGACUAGGUGACCUAGACUUUUUUUCUUGGUCAAAAAAUAUUCCACAGUUUGUGAAAAAUUCUGCAAAGAAGAUCCAUGUGGACUUGGUAAAGUGAUAAGAUUUGAAAGAUGUAUUGACACUCCUGUUACUAAGCACAGAUACUGCAAAUUCUUAUUUUUACUGUCUCUGUGAAUUACUUUCACUUAUUUCUAGGUAGUAUCUUUUCUAGAUUUGAUAUUUUAAAGGAUUUCUUUCUUUAUUCAUCUGCCAUACCAGAUAUCAGGAAAAAUACUGGGAGGUAAACAGUUUACCUUUUCACUUGAUUACUAAUAAAUAAAUUGGUGUGUUUGCUUUUGCAUUUCACAAUCCUUUGAAUGAAAUGAUAACUAAUAGACAAGAUUUUCUCUCUGGAUGUUUAGUUACAGACUGGCAGAUCUUUGCUUUUUGGGGGCAUUAGAAAAAACUUGAAAAUAGGGGGAGAAAAAUGUUUGUUUUACAUUUUAAUGAAAUGUUCUUAUAUAUGUUUUAUUGUUAAAGUACUCAGUUUUGACCCUGAAAGUCCAUUUUUCUUAUAUUUAAUAAAUAUGUGCUCCUUCUUGUUGUAGUAUUAUGAAGGUAAUUUGAUUUUACUAGGUAUUUGAGAAAUUUAAUAAUUAUUUUUGGUAUAAUUCUCUGGCUAAAUUGUACAACUUUUCUUUGAGGAUGCCAAAAAGCUGAAAUUUGUGGCUGUUUGAUGUGCUUUGCAAAGAAAAACUGAACAUUUCCAACUAAGAUUCUAUGCUUACUACAAAUGAUUGUUGAUUCUUCAUGUUUUCAUCUGUAAAUGCUUUGAUAUUAGAAGAGAACUGGCUGAGGACUUUUGAGAGCUAGAAGUGCUGCCAUGACCCCAGCUAGUCUCAACUGCUGCUAGGAUUUUUGUUUUGAUGAGACUUUUCUCUAAAUCUAAAUGUGGACAAGAGAUGUCAGUGAUAGGAAUUCUUAAACAAAAGACCUAGUGAGUAUGACUCUGCACACAUCUAUCUACUUGCUGCUCUCGGUCACCUUUUACCUUGCAACAUAAAGGUGGGGGGAGCCUCCUAAACCCAUUGCUAAAGCUCAGACUCCACCCCCCAGGAUAGUUCCAUGAUUCUGAACUUCAUGCAAGUGUAUAGACUCUUUUCUAAGAUGAGAAUUCAUCUUUAGUAUGAUCUUUCCAAGUCUGCCCCACCUCAGCCAGAGGAAAGGCUAUCUUGGCCUUAUCCCAUAGAAAAAGAACAAGAUUUCCUUUGUAAGAUGAAGUUGACUGGUCAUAAGAUAGU